AUGGUACGUCCUGUUACGGCAGCUAAGGUAAAAUUGACUUUAGUUCAUGUUGCUGAGGAUAAAGCCCCUGGUCCUAAUGGUUACACCUCAGCCUUCUAUAAAGCGGCUUGGCCUAUUGUGGGUUCUCAAAUCACGCAGCCAACCCAGGCGUUUGUCUCAGGUCAUUCUAUCAGCGACAAUAUUCUUCUGGCUCAAAAAUUAUUUACAGGAUAUAACCAGCAGCGACUCCCACCUUGUUGUGCACUAAAGGUGGAUAUCCAUAAGGCUUAUGAUAUUGUUGAUUGGGAUUUCCUUCUGGCUGCGCUCCAGUUGUUUGGUUUUCCGCAUAGAUUCAUCUGCUGGAUUGAAGAAUGUGUUACAACUCCGUCUUUCUCCAUUAGGAUUAACAGAACACCUAAUGGGUUCUUUGUUGGUGUCAAGGCCUUUGGCAAGUGUGAACCUCUUCGCCUAGGUCAGCUUGGAUUUGCAGAUAACUUGCUAUUGUUAUCUCGGGCUAAGGUGGAAUCGGUUCAAUUACUCAAACGGGAACUUGAUUAUUUUUUAGACAUGUUUGGGUUUCGGGGCAGCCCUCAAAAGAGUCACCUGAUCCUCUCGCGUGGUGGCCAAGGAAUAAGGGAACAACUGCUAGAGGUAUUUCACUUUCCCGAGGGACUUUUAUCGUUAAAAUACUUGGGAUUACCUCUUAUAUCUUCCGAAGUGACUAUUGUUUGCAAGCCACUCCUUACCAAGUUGGAUCAACGUAUUAAGGGUUGGGAGAGCAUCUCCUUGUCCUAUGUUGGACGUCUGCAGAUUAUUAAAUCUAUACUCACAGCACUCAAUGUAUAUUGGGCUUCAGCCUUUAUAUUACCCAAUGAUGUCAUUAGAGAGGUGGAGUAG